AUCCCGCUGAUCGACCUGUGUUUGUUUUGUCCACAGAGGCAGAGAGAAGCGUGACUGUGAGGGGGGAGAUCCGCGCACUGCUCCCUGCCUGCCACUGCUCCUUCUGCGGGGAGGAGGGACGGACCGAGUGCGCACCGACUUCUGCCGCACAACUUGAAAUUUACUUGCAAGAGAGAAAAGAAGUGAGGUUUCUCCUCCUCUCUGGCUUUUUUGUUUUUCUCGCUCGAGCCGCCACACGGAGCUCUUGAGCGGGGCUGACGUGAACGCGUUAGCCGAGGAGCUGCCACGAAUAGAUCCGGUAUCCACGACCCCGGUCGGCGGAGCAGGGUAAGGACCUCGUGUUCCUCCGGCGGCUGGACUCGUAUCUUUCAACCCCUCCACCUCUCUCUCUCUCUCUCUCUCCCGGGGCUGGUUUUCCCUCAGGUCCGCUGCCCUUGUGGUUGAAUUUUUUUUUUUUUUUUCUUUUCCAUGAAGUGGAUUUCUACAAACCGAAGCCGGGACUAAACGCAGCGGGUCAGGGGGAAGGAGAGAAAUGCCAACGGCGGUGACACGGAGGAGAUUGAGUGUUAGUCUUUGAUCCUGUCUGAGUGGGACGCAUCGAGCAAGGGACUGAGGAGGGAGCAGUGCCAACUUGGAACAUGGUGCCUGAUAUUCACCUGGCAGUGCCCCUCCUGCCCAGAGGGGCGUUGCUGUUCCUGCUUCUCUUCAGCUGCACGGUGUUCUCCUCUGUGGCAGAUAGCUUGCCAAGUUUCGUCAAAUCCCCAGAGGACCAGACGGGUAUCUCGGGCGGAGUUGCAUCAUUUGUGUGCCAGGCCACUGGGGAGCCCAAGCCCAGAAUCACCUGGAUGAAGAAAGGCAAGAAAGUCAGCUCCCAGCGCUUUGAGGUGAUUGAGUUUGAUGAUGGUUCGGGCUCCGUGCUGCGGAUCCAGCCACUGCGCACACACCGAGAUGAAGCCAUUUACGAGUGCACAGCCACCAACAGUGCUGGCGAGAUCAACACCAGUGCUAAGCUUACAGUGCUUGAAGAGAACCAAAUCCCCCAUGGCUUCCCCACCAUCGACAUGGGUCCCCAGCUGAAGGUGGUUGAAAAGACCAGAACCGCCACCAUGCUGUGCGCUGCCAGCGGAAACCCAGACCCGGAGAUCUCCUGGUUCAAGGACAUGCUUCCUGUGGACAUCAGCAGCAGCAACGGGCGCAUCAAACAGCUCCGCUCAGGUGGUACACCAAUUAGAGGAGCUCUGCAAAUUGAGAACAGCGAGGAGUCCGACCAGGGGAAAUAUGAAUGUGUUGCCAUGAACAGUGCUGGGACUCGUUACUCUGCUCCUGCCAAUCUCUACGUACGAGGUCAACGUGAAGUGCGAAGAGUCCCACCAAGAUUCUCAAUUCCACCCACCAACCAAGAGGUGAUGCCAGGCGGCAGCAUCAAUCUGACGUGCGUGGCAGUGGGCUCUCCGAUGCCCUACGUCAAGUGGACGACGGGCCUGGUGGAGCUGACCAAGGAGGAAGAGAUGCCACUGGGGCGCAAUGUGCUGGAGGUCACAAACAUCCGCGAGUCGGCCAACUACACGUGCGUGGCCAUGUCUUCUCUGGGCAUCAUCGAAGCCACGGCUCAGGUUACUGUCAAAGCCUUGCCAAAGCCCCCAACCUCCCUCAUUGUGACAGAGACCACAGCCACCAGUGUGACACUCACCUGGGACUCUGGGAACCCAGAACCUGUGUCCUACUACAUGAUCCAAUACAAAGCCAAGUCCGCAGACACUGGCUUCCAGGAAGUGGAAGGUGUAGCAACCACCCGCUACAGCAUUGGCGGACUUAGCCCUUACUCCGAGUACGAGUUCCGUGUCAUGGCUGUCAACAACAUUGGCCGCGGGCCACCCAGCGACCCCGUGGAGACACGCACCGGUGAACAGGCCCCCUCCUCACCUCCGCUGCACGUCCAGGCGCGCAUGCUAAGUGCCAGCACAAUGCUGGUCCAGUGGGAACCGCCCGAGGAACCCAAUGGGCAAAUCAGGGGCUAUCGAGUGUACUACAGCUCGGACCUGACGGCUCCGCUCAGCGCCUGGCAGAAACACAACACAGAUGACAGCAGUCUGACCACCAUCUCAGGCCUGACUCCUGAUAUCACGUACAGCCUGCGGGUGCUGGGCUUCACCUCUGUCGGUGACGGGCCACCUUCUGAUAUCCUGCAAGUGAAAACGCAGCAGGGAGUCCCUGCGCAGCCGUCGAGCUUUGAGGCAGAAGCCGAGCUGGACACCCGCAUCAUGCUCACGUGGCUGUGGCCUGUUCAGGGCCCCAUCACAAAGUAUGAGCUGCAGUACUGGGAGACUGGCUCAGACAACAAGAUACAUGUGACCUUCAACCCAGCGGGCUCUCACGCCGUGGAUGGUUUAAAGCCUGACACCUUGUACCAUUUCUCGCUGGCAGCCCGUUCUGAGAUGGGUUUAGGCGUUUACACACAGCCCAUCGAGGCCCGCACCGCCCAGUCCACCCCGUCCGCUCCCCCUCAAGAGGUACACCUGGUCAGCCUGAGCUCUACCAGUCUCAAGGUGAGUUGGGUGGCACCGCCCGCCGCUAGCCGCCACGGCGCCAUUGUGCGCUACACAGUCAGCUACCAGGCCCUGGCUGGAGAGGACACAGAGCGGCACGAGGUGACUGGCAUCGGCGCAGACGCCACCAGCUAUGUGCUGGUGGGCCUGGAGAAGUGGACUGAGUAUCAGGUGUGGGUGAGGGCACACACUGAUGUAGGCCCGGGCCCUGAAAGUGCCCCAGUGAGGAUGAAAACCAAAGAGGAUGUGCCAGGAGCACCCCCCAGGAAGCUGGAAGUUGAGGCCAUAAACUCCACAGCCAUCCGGGUCACCUGGAAGCCGCCCCUGCAGGGGAAGCAACACGGCCAAAUCCGAGGAUACCAGGUCAUCUUCUCCCGGCUUGAAAACGGUGAACCUCGAGGCCAGCCUAAUAUCAUGGACGUUGCUUUGCCAGAAGCACAGUGGAAUAUUGAGGAGUCCACCGAGCAUGAGGCCAUCAUUGGCGGACUGCAUUCAGAGACCACGUACUCUGUCACUGUAGCCGCGUACACCACCAAGGGAGAUGGAGCCCGUAGCAAAGCUAAAGUCAUCACCACGACGGGGGCAGUGCCAGGCAAGCCGACUAUGAUGAUCAGCACCACCAUGGGCAACACAGCGCUGAUCCAGUGGCAGCCACCUAAGGAGAUGGUGGGUGAGCUGAUGGGCUACCAGCUGCAGUACAAGCGCACUGAUGAAGAAAACUAUACCUCACGUGAGCUGAGGAAGAUCGAUGACCACUACACUGUCACCGGACUGCACAAAGGCGCGACCUAUGUCUUCCGCCUCAGUGCUCGUAAUCGCGCAGGCAUUGGCGAGGCCUACGUGAAGGAGAUCAGUACCACAGAAGACGUGCCCUCAGGCUUCCCCUUCAACCUACAAGUAACAGGACUGACUCAGUCGAGCACCGAGCUGACCUGGGAGCCGCCGCUGCUGGCAGAGAGGAACGGCAAAAUCGUGUACUACAUGGUGGUGUACAGGGACAUUAAUAGUCAGCAGAACAGCACCAAUCGCACGUCUGACACUCACAUGACCAUCCUGGGCCUUAAUCCUGACACCACCUAUGACAUCCGUGUGCAGGCCUAUACCAGCAAGGGCGGGGGACCCCUCAGCCCGAGCAUUCAGAGCAGGACCAUGUCAAACGAUUUUCCAACACUAAACUUUGGUGUCAAAGCUGUGAUGAAGACGUCUGUCCUUCUCAGCUGGGAUUUGCCACCGAACUACAAACCCCAAGUGCCUUUUAAGAUCUUAUAUAACCAGCAAAGCGUGGAAGUGCAGGGAAACCUGAAGAGGAAGCUGAUUGCGCAGCUGCAGCCAGACACAGACUACUCCUUUGUGCUGACAAGCAGGGGCAACAUUGCUGGUGGUCUGCAGCAGCAGGUGUCCAUACGCACCGCUCCUGACCUGAUCAAGACGAAGCCCAGCACACACCAGGCUGAGGGCGGCAAGAUGACCAUCGAGCUGCCCAAAGUCCAGACCACCACACGCGUCAGGUGGUACUACAUUGUGGUGGUGCCAGUAUCCCAGUCACAGCGGCAGUGGAAGAAUCCAGACGAGAUGGACCUGGAUGAGCUGCUCAAGUCAAGCGAAGGCCCCGUCCUGAGGCGUCGCCGUCACCUGGAUUCCUCCAAACCUUACAUUGCUGCUAAACUGGCUUCACUGCCCACCAGCUUUACCCUGGGGGAUGAGAAGAGGUACAAUGGUUUCUACAACAAGCCUCUGACCAGUCCACAGGAGUACCUCUGCUUCGUCCUGGCCAUGCUCCGAUCCGACGGGACAGACAGCGCUGCAAAUUAUAUGACGUUUUCAGCCAGUCCCUACUCAGACCCGAUCCAAGUCCCAGCAAGUCUGAGUGAGCAGCCUGAAAUGUUGUGGGUCAUGGGCCCAGUAUUGGCCGUGGUCCUCAUCGUCAUCAUCGUCAUUGCCAUCCUGCUCUUCAAGAACAAACAGGAAAGGAAACGGGCAUCACCUCUACCCAAAGACGACCACUCAGGUGGGGUGAAAGACUCCCUGCUGGCCAAUUCCUCCGACCCUGUGGAGAUGAGAAGACUCAACUACCAGACCCCAGGUCCCAGCUCUCAUCGUUGCCCCAACACUCCAAGAAUGAGGGAGCACCCGCCCAUUCCUGUCGUUGACCUUUCUGACCACAUAGAGCGACUCAAGGCGAAUGAUGGCCUCCGUUUUUCCCAGGAGUAUGAGUCCAUUGAUCCCGGCCAGCAGUUUACCUGGGAGAACUCCAACAUGGAAGUCAACAAGCCAAAGAAUCGCUAUGCAAACGUCAUCGCCUAUGACCACUCCAGAGUGGUGCUCACCUCUGUUGAUGCUGUUCCAGGCAGUGACUACAUCAAUGCCAAUUACAUUGACGGCUACAGGAAGCAGAAUGCCUACAUCGCCACACAGGGGCCUCUGCCAGAGACACUCAGCGACUUCUGGAGGAUGGUGUGGGAGCAAAGAUCCAACACCAUUGUCAUGAUGACGAGACUAGAGGAGAAGUCACGGGUAAGGAGAGACACUUUUAGAUAUUUAUUGAUUUGCACAUACUCAUAG